AUGUUGAAUACAAGAAAUGAAUCAUCAACAAAGGCUAUGAUUGCAAAGUUGUAUGAAUGUGACCCUCAUUGGUUCACAUUUAUAGAGCCUUUAUUUUGGGCGGUUGAUAUAUUUAUAGAAUUAUCUUCCCAGCUAACUUUAUAUCUUUGGUGGGACCUUCAUUUUGGUUAUAAUGGGUUAUGGCCUUCCACAUCAAGUACCAAAAUGCUCCCUCAGGACAUGCAGAAGCCAGCCAUCCUAAUUGGGGAGGGGGUGGGGGUCAGGAAGAGGGUGUUGGAUACAGCAAGGAAAGCGAACGAUGCCUAA